CUUCAGGUGAAGCAACUUCCAUCAUGAAGAGAUCUAAGAUCUGGGAUUUUACCAAGAAACACGCAUUUGUCAUCCUAACAAUGAUCGGCGUUGGGAUAGGACUUGGCCUGGGUUUCGUUCUGCGACACCUUAACAUGUCACCCAGAGAAAUCCAAUAUUUAACUUUUCCUGGUGAGCUGCUGUUAAGGAUUCUGCAGAUGUUGGUGCUUCCCCUCAUCAUUUCCAGUCUGAUUUCAGGCAUGGCAAAUACAGAUCCAAGAGCAUAUGGGAAAAUUGGGUUUCGAGCCUUCGCCUAUUACAUGGUGACCACUGUUGUUGCUGUGUUCACCGGCAUUGUCGUGGCUGUGUUGAUCCAACCAGGAAAAUCCUCCAAGCACACCUUAGAGACCUCUAGUGGUGAAGCAGAGCCUUUGAAGAGUUUGGAUGCUUUUCUGGAUCUGAUCAGAAACAUGCUCCCCUUGAACCUGGUGGAGGCUUGUUUCAGAAAAGUAAGAUCAGUAUUGUUGCAUCUGCAUCUGUUACAAAACAACAAAGAUACUUUAUUAAUCCCAGAGGGAUUGCAUUUAAGUUUUAUGAGUAAAUAUAGUCUUAUAGUUGUGGCAUUUUCUAUUUUGAAACUAAUUCUAGUUUUUUUUCAUAAUCACUUGCCAGUACCAAUGCCAGGAACUGCAGAUGGCAUCAACGUGUUGGGUCUGUUGGUCUACUCCAUCGCCUUUGGCCUCAUCUUGAGCAGUAUGGGUCCACAGGGAGAACCUCUGAAGGAUUUCUUUGACUGCCUGAACAAAGCAGUAAUGCGUCUGGUUAGCAUUGUCAUCUGGUAUUCUCCAGUGGGAAUCAUCUUCCUGCUAGCUGGUCAGGUUGUCAAGAUGGCAAACACUUUAGAUAUUGGUCGAGAAAUUGCCAUGUAUGUUCUCUGUGUGAUCACUGGCAUGGCUGUCCACAGCUUCCUCACCCUCCCACUCAUCUACUUCAUAGUGACACGUAAGAAUCCUAUAAGGUUCUUCAGAGGUAUUCUUCAGGCUCUCGUCACGGCUUUCGGAACGUCGUCCAGUUCUGCAACUUUGCCUGUUACCGUCUACUGUAUGGAGAAAAAUCACAACAUGGACCGUCGAGUGACGCGCUUAAUGCUCCCCAUAGGCGCCACUGUAAACAUGGAUGGUUCAGCGCUUUAUGAAGCAAUAGCUGCCUUUUUCAUUGCUCAGCGUCAUAAUAUAGAUCUGAGUGCUGGACAAAUCAUUGUUCUCAGUUGUGUUGCCACAGCUGCCAGCAUUGGUGCAGCAGGCAUCCCAUCAGCUGGCCUGGUAACCGUGGUGAUCGUUCUGUCAGCAGUCGGACUCCCCACUGAGGACAUUUCACUGGUCCUGAUUUUUGAUUGGUUCCUGGAUCGUCUGCGGACCGUCGCCAAUGUGCUGGGUGACUGCAUCGGUGUUGGCGUGGUUCAACAUUUGUCUAGACAUGAGCUGGAAACUUCUAGUCCUGCAGAAAAAGACUUGGUGGUAGAAAUGGCCCACCCCUUCUGAGCUGCA